AUGCGAGUCGAGCCGCGAGUGGCCAAUGAGAGGCUCGGCCGCAGACACCCGCCAGCCAAUCACAUCACCGCUAAGAGUGCCGCACUCAGGGCCGCACUGAAAACGGCCACUCCAUUGGUUGGUUGCGUCGAUUGGAUUCGAGUGCCGUUCGUUGAGUGCGUUGACGACACUGAAGACACUGAAGACAACACAACACCACUCGUCAUGACUAAAGACAGAUUAGCAGCGCUUAAAGCCGCUCAGGCGGACGACGACGACGUGGCCGUCGGUGUCGACGAUAGGGGAGGAUAUAUGGAAGAGUUCUUCCAAGAGGUGGAACAGAUCCGCGAAAACAUCGAAAAAAUGCAAACAAAUGUGGAGGAAGUGAAGAAAAUUCAUUCCGCGAUAUUAAGUGCACCACAAACUGACGACAAAGUGAAACAACAAUUAGAUGAUCUCAUGGCAGACAUCAAGAGAACAGCCAAUAGAGUGAGAGGCAAAUUAAAAGUGAUGGAGCAAAACAUAGAGCAAUUGGAACAGACAUCGAUGAUGAGCGCCGACUUCCGCAUCAGGAAAACACAGCACUCGAUGUUAUCGCAAAAGUUUGUGGAAGUGAUGACCGAUUAUAACAAAACGCAAACCGAUUAUCGGGAGAGAUGUAAAGCGCGAAUCCAACGACAGCUGGAAAUUACUGGUCGUUCGACAACUAACGAAGAACUGGAAGAGAUGUUAGAGAGUGGAAACUCUGCCAUUUUUACUCAAGGAAUCAUGACAGACACACAACAGGCGAAGCAGACACUGGCGGACAUCGAGGCCCGACACGCGGACAUCAUUAAAUUGGAGAACAGUAUACGUGAAUUGCACGACAUGUUUAUGGAUAUGGCAAUGCUUGUCGAGAGUCAGGGAGAAAUGAUAGACCGAAUUGAAUACCACGUCGAACACGCCAGAGAGUACAUCGAGACCGCCAAACAGGACACCAAAAAGGCCCGAGAGUUUCAACGCAAGUCCAGACGAGGAGAAAUGAUCGACAGAAUUGAAUUUCAUGUGUCGAGUGCUCUCGAAUACGUCGAGGAAGCGGUGAAAGACACUAAAAAAGCGAUGGAAUACCAGCGGAAGGCCCGGAGGAAAAUACUAUACAAAUUAUAG